AUGGUUUGGAUCCAUGGAGGUUGCCUUUUAUCUACUAGUGGUUCAGAGCCUGGCUAUUCUCCCAAUAAAGAACUAGUAAGAGACAGCCAUAUUGUCCAUGUCAGCUUUAACUACCGUCUUAAUGCAUUUGGAUUCCUAGCUUUGGCUGAACUUCGACGACUUGCAGGAAAUUAUGCAUUAAUGGAUGAGUUGGCUGCUCUGAAAUGGAUACAGAAGAACAUCCAAUAUUUUGGUGGUGACUCAAAGAAGGUGACACUUUAUGGCCAAAGUUCAGGUGAGAAGAGUUUGCCAAUAUUAAAUCAUUACCAUAAUGAACAGCAUUACAUUACAUUACAUUACAUUGAGUUUAUAUAG